GCGGCCUCCCCUGCCCUCGUCGCAGCCCGGUCCCGGGUGGAGGAGCCGCCCCGGAGGGCCCCCCUCCGGGGCAGGCUCGGGCGGAGCCGGGGCGGCCUGGCGGGAGCAGGCGCCGCGGGCCGCGAGCUCCUCAUUCGAACCUCCCUCGCAGACAGUCUCCGCCCCACAAUGCACCGGGGCGGGCAGCCUUUGAAAAAGCGGCGCGGCUCGUUCAAGAUGGCGGAGCUCGACCAGUUGCCUGACGAGAGCUCUUCAGCAAAAGCCCUUGUCAGUUUAAAAGAGGGAAGUUUAUCUAACACAUGGAAUGAAAAGUACAGUUCUUUACAGAAAACGCCUGUUUGGAAAGGCAGGAAUGCGGGCCCUGCUGUAGAAAUGCCUUUCAGAAAUUCAAAAAGAAGUCGACUCUUUUCUGAUGAGGAUGACAGACAAAUAAAUACAAAGUCACCUAAAAGAAACCAGAGAGUCGCAAUGAUUCCACAGAAAUUUACAGCAACAAUGUCAACACCAGAUAAGAAAGCAUCACAGAAGAUUGGUUUUCGAUUACGGAACCUACUCAAGCUUCCCAAAGCACACAAAUGGUGCAUAUAUGAGUGGUUCUAUUCAAAUAUAGACAAGCCACUUUUUGAAGGAGAUAAUGACUUCUGUGUAUGCCUAAAGGAAUCUUUUCCUAAUUUGAAAACAAGAAAAUUAACAAGAGUAGAAUGGGGAAAAAUCAGGCGACUAAUGGGAAAACCACGGAGAUGUUCUUCUGCAUUUUUUGAGGAAGAGAGAUCAGCAUUAAAACAGAAACGGCAGAAAAUCCGGCUCUUACAACAAAGGAAAGUUGCAGAUGUUUCACAAUUCAAAGAUCUCCCAGAUGAAAUUCCUCUACCCUUGGUCAUUGGAACCAAAGUUACAGCACGGUUACGUGGUGUUCAUGAUGGUCUGUUCACUGGUCAGAUAGAUGCUGUGGACACUCUAAAUGCUACUUACAGAGUGACUUUCGAUAGGACAGGGCUUGGGACUCACACCAUUCCUGACUAUGAAGUUCUUAGUAAUGAACCUCAUGAGACAAUGCCAAUUGCUGCCUUUGGACAAAAACAGCGGCCUUCUCGGUUUUUUAUGACUCCUCCACGGUUACAUUAUACCCCUCCUCUCCAGUCACCAAUUACAGAUAGUGAUCCUUUAUUAGGACAGUCACCUUGGAGAAGUAAAAUCUCUGGCUCUGACACGGAGACGUUAGGAGGCUUUCCAGUAGAAUUCCUCAUCCAGGUGACUAAAUUAUCAAAAAUUCUCAUGAUUAAAAAAGAACACAUCAAGAAAUUAAGGGAAAUGAACACAGAAGCAGAAAAACUGAAAUCAUAUUCCAUGCCCAUUGGUAUUGAAUUUCAACGGAGAUAUGCAACAAUUGUUCUAGAGCUUGAGCAGUUAAACAAGGACCUAAACAAAGUUUUGCAUAAAGUUCAGCAGUAUUGCUAUGAGCUUGCACCAGACCAGGGACUCCAGCCUGCUGAUCAGCCAACAGACUUGAGACGCAGGUGUGAGGAAGAAGCCCAGGACAUUGUUCGGCAAGCCAACUCCUCCUCAGGACAGCCCUGCGUUGAAAAUGAAAACCUGACAGACUUAAUCGCCAGGCUUACAGCUAUUUUAUUACAAAUUAAGUGUCUAGCAGAGGGAGGAGACCUGAAUUCCUUUGAAUUCAAAUCACUCACAGACUCAUUAAAUGACAUCAAGAAUACAAUAGAUGCUUCUAAUAUCAGUUGUUUUCAGAACAAUGUAGAAAUCCAUGUUGCACAUAUACAGAGUGGCCUGAGCCAGAUGGGAAACUUACAUGCCUUUGCAGCCAACAACACCAACAGAGACUGAGCACAGGAAACCUGGUACCCAACUGCACAAGACCUUGGUCUGAGGAGUCCUUUUCCUCAACCUAAGCUUCCAAUACCAGAUACCUACCUGCUGGGAAACAAGGGAACUGUACAUCUCCAGAUACAGCUUUUAAUACAGUGUACUGCUUCUUCAGCCAGCAUUGUGCUGACCAGCAUUUAUUUAUUGUUCUUUUAGUAUCCAGAUGCAGUAGUGUUGCUUAUAUUUCAUGUUUCUCAGCAAAUAUUUUUAACCUGGAACUAUCUGAACAUACUAUUUCAUGGAGGAGCGUGCUCACUGUUUUUUAUACAUGCAUGAAUUCUGCUCAGCACAUGCAAACAACUCCUGUGACAGAGAAGGCAAAGAAGCAUGGUCUUUUCCGUGCAUGAUGGAAUCCGUCUGAAAAUCACCAGUCCAGUGGAUUUAGUUGAUCCUUAUAUCUCAGGCUUCAGAAUAUACAUCGUGAGUGUGGGAAGUCGUCCUAGUCUUAAGGAAGCCACUGGAAUAUGGAUGGGAAACACAGACUUAAGUAUAUGUUCCAUAUACUGACAGUAUGACAUGGUUCUAUAGAUCAGUUUAUAAUAAUAAAUAUUUUAAUUUAUCAUAAUUUAUAAAAACUUCGUUGUUUAUCAGUAGAAGAAAAUGAAGGAGCAGGAAGAACUGUAUUGUGGAAUGCUGGAUUUCAGCGAGUGGACUUGGCAAGCCUUUCCAUGAUUCAGGGCAAAAAGUGCUAUUGUUAGAUUUAUUUUAAAAAAAGACUGAUAAUACACUAUUUUCAUAUUUUUUUGUUUAUUUGCACAACUUUAAACCAGAUAACUGGUUAAAAUCCAACAGUACACAAUUUCUAAAAUAAAAAGAUUUUAUAAGGAAAGCAUAUCACCGGUGUGGAUUACAGAGGGAGGUAUGUUUUAGGUUUUUCUUGUUUGGUUUUGUUUUUCUUUCUUUCUUUCUUUCUUUUUUUUUUUUAAGAAAAACCCUGCCUAAAAUAAUCUUGUAAAAAGUAUGUAUUUUAAAAAUUUUGUUUUAAUAUAGAAUAUUAUAAAGCCAAAAUAUAAUUGUUUUCAGAUUUGGAGUUUAAAAUAUAACUAUAGAAGUGAUUCUGAUUCUUUGACGUCUCAUAAAAUGAGACCUUUUGUAUAUUAAUGUAUAAUAAAACUGAAAAAGAUUAUUUUCCAUUUGAAAUUUUUGUAUAGUUUAAAAGCGCUUCCGUGUUCUUGUUGGUAUUGGGCCACUGCGGAUCUGUAGUCCAGAGUUUAUAUUUAGCUAAGCUGUUAUGUUAAUUAAAUGCAUAAAUCUUUUAUUCUUAAUAUUUGUAAUUCUAAAUAAAUCAAUCUAUGAAAUUUAA